GCCGGGCCGGGCCGGGCCGGGCCGGGCGGUGUGGCGUUUCCCGGCGCGGCUGCUUCCUGGACCGGCGGAUGGGGAACAGGAGGUACCGCAGCGGGGCCCCGCGCCCUGCCUCCCCGGGCGGAUGGGAGCCGGCGGAGGGCGGCUGCAGGCGGCGGCCUGGAGCGGCGCAGCUCUGAGCGGGAGCGGCGGCGACGGCGGUGCGAUGCAGUUAUGGACAUUAUGACCUAUGAUGAUUACCCCAAUCCACCGUUUCAGAGAUAUUGAGAGGAAGCCUGAAUACCUUCAGCCAGACAAGUGUGUUCCACCUCCUAGCCACAGUUCCCUGGGAAAAAUGUGGUUUAUUAGAGAUGGCUGUGGUAUUGCAUGUGCUGUUGUUACCUGGAUGCUGGUCUUCUACGCAGACUUUGUAGUCCUUCUUGUCAUGUUAGUUCCAUCAAGAGACUAUGUUUAUAGCGUGAUCAAUGGGAUAUUGUUCAAUACGUUGGCUUUCCUGGCUUUGGCAUCACAUUUCCGAGCCAUGCUAACCGACCCAGGUGCUGUACCUAAAGGUAAUGCCACAAAGGAAUUCAUCGAGAGUUUACAGCUGAAGCCUGGACAGGUGGUUUACAAGUGUCCAAAAUGCUGUAGCAUCAAACCUGACAGAGCACAUCACUGCAGUGUUUGCAAGAGGUGUAUUCGAAAAAUGGAUCACCACUGUCCAUGGGUUAACAACUGUGUAGGAGAGAACAACCAGAAGUACUUUGUACUGUUUACAAUGUAUAUAGCACUGAUUUCCCUGCAUGCCCUCAUCAUGGUGGGAUUUCACUUUCUGUAUUGCUUUGAAGAAGACUGGACAAAAUGCAGUUCCUUCUCUCCACCAACGACAGUGAUCCUUCUCAUCCUCUUGUGUUUUGAGGCACUUCUGUUUCUCAUUUUCACAUCUGUCAUGUUUGGGACCCAGGUACACUCCAUCUGUACCGAUGAAACGGGUAUCGAGCAUCUGAAAAAUCAGGAGCCGACUUGGGAAAAAGUCAGCGGCUGGGAAGGGAUGAAACUGGCUUUUGGAGGCAAUUUUUCCCUGAGUUGGCUCAGUCCUUUUUCAGAUCUGAGUUGUAAAAAGCUUCCACCAGCUCAGGCAGUGACAGUCGCUCCAGCUGAAACGCUGUCUCAAGAGGAGAUUGAGCAAUUUUUAGAACAAACGGUUGCUGUCCAAGUGUCAAAAUAUUAACAAAUGUUCAGUUUUUAAUAAAUAUUUGCACCCAAUAUUUAGCACUAAGAGAUAAUAGUACAGAAAACAUUCAGGCAUAUUUUAUCCAGAAGUCAGGUACGCUACUAGCAGAAGCAAUGCAAAUCUCUACAGAAUGCUCUACUAAUGUAAUGUAUAAGCUUUUUUUUUUUCCUUCCUACCAAAGUCAAUUGUUUUAUUGAACUUUCUCAGCUUGGCCUUUAAGAGAAGCUUACAACUUGUCAGGCAGAUCUAUUCCAGCUCCUAAAAGUAAGCUGCUGUCAACAUGCGCUUAAUAUUUUACUCAUAACCCAUAUGAGUGCUGAAAGGCAAGCAAAGAGCAACAGCUCUGCUCAACACACUCCUCGGUGUACAUUAAAGGGGUACCCUUUUUUUUUUUAUUAGCUUGCCAGGCAUUGAUGAUUUCUUUGGGCUGUGAGGGUACCAGUCCGGGUUUUGGCUGCAGUAGACUCAGGGGAGAGAGAGAGACAGUCAUAUUCAUCCCUGGUGUAACUCAGUUUUGCCAAGGAUAAAUUUAGCUCAGUGAGACUUUAAUGACUGCACCAGGGAUCCUGCUACUUAAGGGUCUGACCUAUUGUGCAUUCAGGUUGAUGGCAGCCUUUCCAUUGACCUGAAUGGACUUUGAAUCUACAGUGCAGAUGGUUGUGUUGGCAGCCACAACAGAUCAACCUGGUAUGUUGCUAUUUGGCAAAUGCAACAAAUACACAGAUCUCAGUAGCAAAGAAAUCCACCAGGUCAGAAAGUCUUUGCCAAAUUAUGCCGUUCAUGGCAGAAUAGAUCUUAAAAGGAAAACUGCAGGGACUAAUUACAUGGGUACCAUGAAAGUGUUAGCACUUCAUACCAUGCUGAUAUCUGCUGUUCUGUAGUACUUACUUAAACUUCAGUAUUUUAAAUACUGUGUUGUCAACUCUUGGUUAGUUGUUGACUUUUAAAGUGACCACUAUGUAACAUGUUAGUUGUACAGUUGAACUUAGUAAGUAUACAAGAGUACGUGACGGUGUGACAUAAGGCUUUAUCACUGUAAGCUGGAAGGGCCAUGCUGCUCACAGCAAAGUCAAAUAAGCUGGGUAAGCCAGAGAUGUCCAAUUUAUUUGGGCCUGCAGGCUGCAUCUGGCCCAUGGGGGCUUCGCAGAGGCUGGACGACCAACCUCUGGUGGAGGAGCAGUGGCUUCUCCGGAUGGCUUGGGGAAAGUCACUUCACCUUGCUGUGCCUCCGUUCAUCUCUGUAAAACAGAGAUAAUGCUGAUUACCUCUUCUGUAAAGUGCUUAGGGACCUAUGGAUGAAGACUUAGUUCAUCACAUUCUUCAAUGACGAUUUUUAGUGAUUAUAAGAGUGGUACCAAAUAGAAAUUGUACACGCUGAUCUAUGUGCAAAAUAUUUAAAGUUAAUGUGUGGGAAUGGUGUGUCACAAGAGUCCUGGUCAGAGAUGGGACUAUUUCUUGAGUCUUGUCAUCAGCCAGAGAAGAAGCUCAUAGAUUCCCUUUAUAUUAUAUGACAUGGAUUGGCAUGUCCUGAACCUACCAGCAGCUUCUACAAGUAGAGCUUGUUAAAAAAAACAACAACAGGAAAGCUUUUAGUAAAGAUGCUCACAAAAACUGCCUCUGUUUUUAUCAGAAAGAUUUAACAUUUUUUCUAAGAGCUUUCAUUUAAACAAUUUAAGAAUUCACUUUGUUCAUAAAUCACUUAAUUUGGCUCUUGUGUAGAAUGAGUUUCUCUUUCAUCGUCAGAAACAAACAGAACAUUUCUUCCACAAACUGUUUGUUCUGCAGCUCUAUGAUCAGGCUAAAGGGAGAAGAUGUAGUGCUUUUGCAUCUAAAAUGCAUUUGUACCAGACAGGGCUUGACAGCCAGGGAGCAAAUAGAAAUAUUUAAAAAUACACAUAGGGGAGUUGAUAAAGGGGGACAGAGGACAUAUAAGGAGAAAUAACUGCACUUAACUCACAUAUUGUAAUUUUGGGUUGCUGUUUUGUCUUAACUAAGUCAGUUAACCAGUCUGCCUCAGUUACCAUACCGUUAAAAUGGGAAAAGCAUUACAAGCUUAUUACAGACUGACUAGUUAAUAUCUGCAGUGUAAGUUACUUUAAAAAUGUAAUUUGAAAAUUACUUUGAAACACAGCAUCUGUGUUACUUAUGAACAGUGGAAUGGUAAAAGGGUGUCAGCUUUGCUUGUGGGAAAUGUACAGACUAUUCCAUCCUAAAUGGGAGCAACUGACCCAUGUUUGUUACGUGUUUACUGAAAUAAAAUGUUUACGGGUACUGUAUUUGUGAAAACGCGUUCUAUUUACAGGAGUAUCCAGAAGUUCAGCUAUAAGUCCUUCUGCUUCAGAAAUCACUUUCAAGUAAUAUUUUGAGGUACUAUUUCCACCUGGCUUGAACAUAUGAGAGGUGAGAGUCUGGCCACGCUAAUAUUAAUGUCAAAACUUCCAUUGACUUCAAUGACCUAGGACUUCAGGUCAGAGGUUACUGUUUCUAAUUGUGUUCCAGUGGCACUUUGUCGGAACAAACGCCCCCCGUCCCACCAAAUAAAUAAAACCAACCACAAACUGAACUGUUUUUUGCUUAGUGAAAGAAGGGAAUGAUGUUUUUCACUUGUUUUCAUCAUUUUGUUGGGACUUGUAUGUUACCAUUGUUAUGUACCUCUUAUUUGAAACUUGGGAGCAGAAUAGAAAAAAAAAAGUAUGGGCACUGGGCAGGGAAUAUGGCAAAUUACUCAAAUGAAGGGUGACUAGCUAUGGUUUUUCAGACCCGGGGGAAAUGAGAGAGCAGAGUUGUAUUUGAGCUAUUCUGUUCCCAACACAGAAUUAGGCAUAUGCUCUGAGCGAGAGUGGAAAUCCUUGUUUGGCCUCAACUAGAGCUGGUCAGGAAUUCUUGUUUGUUGAUACUGAAAAUGUCAGUUUGUGAAAACCAGAUCUUUUCUCUGGAACCUAUGUGUCUCAAUGAACCUCUUGGUGAAACCGUGUUGUGCAGGUCAAGUAUAGACAUCUGGUCAGGAUGAGACUGACCAGCCCCAGUCUGUUGAGCAGCCUGGGGAUGAAGUCUCCUGCCUAUAAUGUAGAGGAUGCAAGUAGAAGUGCUUCCUCAGCCCUUUGAGCUUCAGACAGGUGCCUUAGCUACUAAGCUACUGUCUGCUCUGGGCUCUUCCCUCCUCUUUUGUGACAAACUUUGAGAAGUUUGUGGUUUCACUUUUGAAAUCUCAGUUUUUUUCACAGGAUGGGUGAAGCGUUUCCUGCCCAGGAGUAGCCUCAGCCUGUAUCUGAGUGGGCUUUUUUUGGCACCCAAGACCAACAUUUUUAUUUAACUUUUAACCAAAUUCAGAUUAUUAACCAAAGCUACCACAGGUGAUCACUGCAUAACCCAUGUUUUCCUUCCUUCCAAAGUGUGGCUAGUCCUUGUCAAAUGUCUCUCUUAACUCAGGGCCUGAUCCUCCCAACACUAUUCUGCACAAUACAAUUGUAAUCAACAGACAUACAAGUCAUAAAAAAGCCUUAGGCCUCAAUGGCAACCAUUAGUAGGAUGUUGUUCUUAAAUUGGAAGCUCUUUGGGGGUCAGAUCUUCUAUUGUAUGUUUAUACUGUUGUAUCAAUACUAAUUACCCUGUGAUAUUUUAUUCCACCAACAGUGUCUCUUAAAUGAAAAACCUAAAUGAACAUGCUUUGCUGAAAACUGCCUUCCAGAGAAAAAUGUUUCAGCAGAAGUUUUAAAAUAUAUUAUGAACAGGGCUCUGUCAGCUAAGGAAAGCAUUCAUGUGUUUUAUAUACAUUUGUGUGUCUUGUAAAGCAACUGUUCUAUGCAGAUAAAAUAACUUUAUGCAACUAAAAAAAAGUUCUAUUUUGCUAUUUGUAACUCAUUUUAUGCCUUCCAAUAGAUAUUGUACUUAUUAAAGAAUUAAUAUUUCCAUCUA